AUGGCAGACCUCAACAUAAACAAAGAGCACGAUACUACAGAUUCAGGUGCACUUGAGUCCUCAUCAGAAGAUCUGGCCACCGUCGUUGACGACCUUCUGGCUCAGUUGUCGACAAAGUUUGCCAACAUAUCCUCGGAUCUGCUCACUAAGAUGGAUGAAAUGUCCAGACGACUCGAUAACCUUGAAACCUCCAUUCAAGCAUCUGCGCGGUCUCAAAACGAAGAGGCCAAAUAA